CCUCCUGGCUGGCUGGAAGAUUUUCUUCAAGUCUCGCGAAUCCUCCGUAAAUCCGAUCGAAUCUGUGCUGCGGUAAAACGGUGCCUGCUUGUUUAGAACAUCCGCCGACUUUGGAAAACCCUCGUCACACACGAUGGCAUCUUUGGUGCACAGCGUCCGGGGAUUAGUUUGUCGAAAUUCGCAGCUGAUUAGAUCACUCGCCAUUCGCACUGUAUCAUCAUCAUCUGCUCUGCCACUGCGACCGAAAUGUAAUCAGACUUUGGUUUCACAGUCACAGCUAUUGGCCAAUUUUGAGCAAAUCGGUUGCCGGCAGCUGCAGUUCACCAGAAGCUACAGUGCAAAGGAACCGCUAACAUUGCAAUUGAUUAAGGAACGUGUGCUGCUGGUGUUGAAGCUGUACGACAAAGUUAACCCAGAAAAGUUGACCCUUGAAUCGCAUUUCAUUAACGAUCUCGGACUAGACUCGCUAGAUCAUGUAGAAGUUAUAAUGGCCAUGGAAGAUGAGUUUGGUUUCGAGAUUCCGGACGGCGAUGCAGAAAAACUGUUCAGACCUGCCGAUAUUGUACAGUACAUCGCUGACAAGGAAGAUAUCUACGAGUAGAACAAAUGAAUCGUCUGCUGCCUGGUAGCUGCAUAUAGUGCAUACGCUGGUAAAGAACGGAAUUACCCUAAGUAGAUUUUAAUUUUAAUAUAAAAUCAAACAAUAAUACGACAGUUGCUACAGCUUUCGUGAAGCGCAUAUUUUUGGCCAUCGCAGUGUAUCAACAACGGAUCGAAGAAUUGCUGUGAACUUUGUACUGGUUUGAAUGCUACCUUAGGUCAAUAAACUUUGA